AUGUUGCAAAUUUUUGCAGGCGCCGUUAGCGGAUUCCGAGGAUCGCACUCUUGCGAGCAUAGCGAAUACGAUGAGGCGAAUCUGGCACAAACGUACAGCGCACUCCUCUCGCUCGCCAUUUUGGGCGACGAUUUGAAGAGGGUCAACCGGGCGGCCAUACUGAAUACGGUCAAAAGUGCGCAGAGGACCGAUAAUGGGUGGUGAGCGAUGUUUGGAGCAAAAAGCAAUUUAAAAAAUCCUUUUCUGCAGUUUCUGGAGCCAAGGCGUCGGAUCGGAGAGCGACAUGCGUUUCGUGUUCUGCGCGACGGCGAUCGUGAAAAUUCUGGACGCGAACAAGGAGGAUGUUAUCGAUUGGGACCGCCUCGGCACUUUUCUCCGUCAAUCUCUGAACAUUGACGGCGGAAUCGGACAGGCGCCGCACGACGAGAGCCACGGUACGUUGUUCCAUCGAAAGUGACCAAACAACACGGAAAAACCCCAUUCGAGGAAAAUGUUUCUUUGUCCUACAGAAAAUAAUGGAACACCUCAGUUUGCAUUGUUUCUUCUAAUAAAAACCAUUUGCAGGUGGCUCGACAUUCUGCGCGAUCGCCUCUCUGUCACUUUCGAACCGUUUGUGGACGGGCGAGGUGUUGAGCCGUCCGGACAUCGCCCGAUUAAUCCGAUGGGCGGUCCAGAAGCAGGAAAUUGGAUUCCACGGACGUGCCCACAAACCCGACGACAGUUGCUACGCUUUUUGGAUUGGAGCCACACUCAAGGUACCGAAAAUGAGAGGGGCCAUUGAAAAUUUGAAAAGCACGUGACCCCGCCACUUAUUUGAAUCCACUAGGAUAGCUUGUACGAGCACUAGAAUCACUAAUUUCCAGAUAGCUUUUUUUAGUGCCGCUUUAGUAUUGUUUCUCGAAAUUGAAUAAUUUCUGAAUAUUAUGCUUAUUUACAGAUCCUGAACGCCUACGACUUCAUCUCGAAACCCCACCUACGCGAAUUCCUCAUGAUUUCACAACACCCGCACAUUGGCGGAUUUUGCAAACAUCCCGAACCUGGAGGCUAUUCUGGUAGGCUUAGAAGACAGUUUCUCUGAAAAUUUCGCAGCUUCAGAGAUAUUUUCAGUGAGAAACGUAUCGCAACAUUGAAAAGAUUGAGAAUUUUCAGAUCUGCUGCACACGUACUUCUCGAUCGCCGCUCUUUCGCUGCUCGGCGAGCCCACCGUCAACGCAGUCCAUCCUUCGUUGAACGUCUCGAUGCGUGCCGCCGAGCACAUUGCUCGUCUGAAAUUCGACUGA